AUGCCUUCCGGCUCAGCCACUACGAAGCCUAUUGAAUCUCCUACCAACCUCCAGCCCAAAAAUAAAUCUAUCUCACAAAUGGUCAAAGGCGCAGGCUUCAAGGACUUGACUCAUAUGAUGUAUUCUUCUGGCCUGAAGAGACACGAUGAAGCAGACGUUCAAGAAGCCAAAGCUAUUCUAAACGCCUGGAAGCAGGCAGAUCAAAAGGAUUGUGAAGCAUCACAGAGAAAGUAA